AUGACGAUACUACAACUAUCGUUCUUCGCGCGUGCAACUUGCACUUUGAGUCAAUGCAUAAGAGAAUGCAUUGUCAAUACAUCGCCAAAAUUUUAUUUAGGAAAGUUCGUAAAAUAUCGACAUUACGCGACCGCGGUCAGGUUAAAAGUGGACUCGCAAAAUGUAGUUAGUAGUGGAUUUCCAAAUGUGAGCGGCUUCGAUAAUAUUUACUUGCACGAUUUUGUCUGGGAAAAUGUUGAAAAAUGGUCGAAUCGCACUGCUUUGAUAUGCGCAGUUACUGGCAAAUCAUAUACAUAUGGUCAGUUGAGAAAAGCAUGCAGCAAUCUAGCAUCAAAUCUAAGAAAACACAACUUUUUGCCGGGAGAUACCAUUGCUAUGAUUUUACCAAAUAUUCCAGAAUUUGCCCUGCUUGUGCUAGCGGCGCAUGAAGCAGGUUUAUGUACAAUUCUAAUUAAUCCUGGGUGCAUGAUAUAUGAGUUAAAGAGGCAGUUGAAAGAGGAGGAGAUUCGGGCAAUCUUCACAUUUCCGGCCAAAUACAGCGACGUCAAAGCGAGUCGUGAAAAAAAUUCGAAUAUACCCAUUAUUCUUGUGAACGAUAGGAAUGUGAACAAUAAUUUUAUUUUUGAAGCGGAUUAUCUAGACAAUUUUAUGUGUAAUGAAACCGAAGAUUUUUCAGUUAAUGAAAAGACUGUAGUCAAUUAUGACGAUACGGUAAUUUUACCUUAUUCCAGUGGUACAACUGGAACGCCGAAAGGCGUUGAGCUUUCUCAUAGAACUAUUGUUUCGUGUAUGCGUCAAAUGAUGAUUCCGGAACUCUUUCCCGGAAGAGAAACAACUGAACAUCAUCAGGAAAUUCUACCGCUGAUAUUACCAUUGUAUCACUGUUAUGGAUUAAUAGUGUCCUUAUAUUGUUACCUGAGAAUGGGUGCCAAGUUGGUGUGUUUGCCGCAAUUCUCCCAAGAAAAAUUCAUGAAACUACUUGAAGAUUAUCAGUGUACAAUAAUGUAUGUUGUACCACCGAUAAUACAAAUGAUGGUGUAUAACAAACAAAUAACAUCGCGUCACGUUGGAUCUUUAAGAAAUGUAACUUCAGGAGCUGCGCCGCUUGGAGAAGAAAUCAUCGAAAGAUUUCGAAGUUAUUGUCCUAAGGAUAUGAUCUUCGUUCAAGGAUAUGGCGCAACGGAACUGUCAUCUGUUGCUGCUAUAGGUGCUUCUGAUGGAUCUCCGACAUCAUGCGGUUACUUGAUUCCAAAUACACAGAUGAGAAUUGUAAGCGUUCAAGAGGAUACUCUCGGUAAAAAUUUGGGUCCGAAUGAAACAGGAGAGAUAUAUAUACGAGGCCCGCAAGUGAUGAAAGGAUAUUACAAAAAUCCCAUGGCUACGGCAAAUACGAUGGAUGGAGAUUGGUACAAGACUGGUGAUUUGGGAUAUUAUGCUGAGGAUGGUCAAUUGUAUUUGAAAGGACGAUUAAAAGAGAUGAUAAAAGUAAAAGGAUAUCAAGUUGCACCAGCCGAACUCGAAGAAGUGAUUCGUGGUUAUGAUAAGAUACAAGAUGUCGCCGUUAUUGGUGUGCCAGAUAACAAAUAUGGCGAAAUUCCAAAGGCUUUCAUAGUUCCUAAGGCAGAGGCAAAAAUUGACGAAAAUGAACUCAAAAAAUUUGUCGCUGAACGCUUAGCCAAGUAUAAACACUUAGGACAUGUACAAAUUAUAGAAAGUAUUCCAAAAAGUAUGUCUGGAAAAAUCCUUCGAAGAAAACUUCAAUAUUUGUAACACAUUCUUUGAAUAUUGGAGUUUUAUUAUAAACAAAUACCAAAUAUUAUAUUAUAUUAGGAACUUUAUAAAUAAAUA